AUGGUGCUCCGCGUGCUCAUGGGUAACCCUAGCCACGCCUGUGAUGCCCCUAACCCUAGCUGCAUUCUGGAUCAAGGGGUCCAUUACGAACCAAGCAGUAUGGAAGAAGUCAUGGAAAUUGAUGAGCACAUAGGCUGUGCCAUGAGUGGACUUAUUGCUGAUGCUAGAACACUAGUCAAGCAUGCUCGUGUUGAAACUCAGGUGAACAAGGCAUGGUUGAUGAAACUUAGAAUGCUUUGGAAGAAGGCAGAAACUCUAGAAAAGGAUGAAGAAACAAGCCAACAAAUUGAGAAGGCUCAAGAGCUAGCAAAAGCUGAACUGGCUGCAGCUGUUGCAAAAGAGAAAGCAUCCCAAAUUGAACAGAUUGCUGAAGCAACCUCAAUGUAA